AAGAUAUGAAGAAAAUUUAGGAAAACUGAAGUACAUGAUGGCAAAUUUUUGAUUACGUUAUAACAUACUAUCUGAAGUACACUUACGAACCAUCUGACGGUACCGAAUCUCGCGUCCCGUUGGCUCCACUAUAAAUUGUCUAGAAGACUUCUUCUUCUUUGAAACAUAAACCAUUAUUACACAAAUAGAAAUGCCAGCAGCAGGAGAAAAGUUUUACGCAUACAAAGGAAUUGGUGGUAAAGUCGUCAAGUCAGAAUCCACACUCGGUGAACUCAAACCAGACCAAGUUCUUAUUCGCAUCACUCAUGGUGGUCUCUGUUUCUCAGAUACUCACUUUAUGGAUAGCAGUUUUGUACUCGGUCACGAACCGGUUGGUGUACUCGAAGCUAUCGGUUCGGAAGUCAAGGGAUUCCAACUUGGUGAUAGGGUUGGAUAUGGUUGUAACCACUUAUCUUGCGAUUCUUGCGAUGAAUGCAGAUCCGGUUAUGACACACUCUGCCCUGAACGCGUCAUGCAUGGCAGCCCCGAGGAAGGACAUCAAGGUGGCUUCGGAAAAUAUGUCGCCAUGAACGCCAGAUUCGCUCAUAAAAUUCCAGACAACAUGAAAUCAGAACAUGCUGCAGUCUUACAAUGCGCUGGUGCAACUGUCUUCUCUCCAUUCUUAAAGUACAACAUCAGCCCAAUCUCAAGAGUUGCCAUCGCAGGUAUUGGUGGUCUCGGACAUGUAGCUUUGCAAGUUGCCAGAGCAUGGGGAUGUCAUGUUACAGCUCUUUCAAGCAGCAAUAGAAAGCGCGACGAGGCGCUUGCUUUCGGUGCCCAUGAAUUCAAGAAUGUCACAGAAGAGGGUUGGGAUAAGGAAAAAUACGACUUUAUUAUUAGCACAAAUAACGCUCAACCACAAUAUGAUAGCUAUGUUAAUGCUUUGGCCCCAAGAGGUACAAUAGUCGUUUUGGCGGUAGACUUUGGUCGCUUGGAAGCACCAUACGCUCCUCUACUCCUCAAUGAAUCAAAAAUUGGUGGAUCUCUGGUCGCUACUCGCUACGAACACGCCAAAAUGCUCGAGUUUAUGGGUAGACACAACAUCACUCCUACAGUAGAGGUCUUACAACUCUCUGAAGAAAAUCUCCAGCUCGCUUUUGAUAGACUGAAGAAGGGCGAUGUUAAGUAUCGCUUUGUAUUAACUCACUAAGUUCCUUAAUCUUUUGUAUACACUUAUGAAUAAAAAGCUGUCC